AUGUCAGACACAACACAGAACAACACGAACAGCGGCCCAGAACCAUCGUCGGUGCCGUUGGCCACAUCGUACCCCACCCAAAAAGACCAAACGUAUCUCUUUGCCAACUCUUGCGAUUUGGAGAUCUACUGUUCGCCGUUUGGGGUGAGUGCCCUUUAUAUCAACAUCAAAAACUCGGGGAUCGUUGGUAUUGGCAGCACCAUGGGGAGAAUAACCGGUCAAACCAAGGGGAAGGUGUACUAUAACAAUGGUGAGGAUUUCAAGCGAAAGAAGUUCAAGAUCCACGGGAUUGUCGAUAAGAAUAACAUGCUCAGAAUAGAUUUCUUUCGUAUUUUCAAGAACGAAGGGAAAGUGGAUCGUUUGACUAACGAGACUGUGAAGAAUAAUAACGGAUAUGAUCGUGACAUAUCCGUGUCUCCUGUGGGAGGAGAUGCUGACUCUAUCAAAAGAGAAGAUGGCAAUAAUAAUAAUGAUAAUAAUGAUAAUAAUGAUAAUAAUAACAAUAAUAAUAAUAAUAAUAAUAAUAAUAAUAAUAAUAAUAAUAAUAAUAAUAUCAAUAAUACUACUAAUAAUGAUGGAGGAAAUAGUGAAAAUAUAGGCGGUGGUAAUAAUAAUGAUGAAGAUAACAAUAAUCGUGAUGAUAUCGAAGUCGAGGUUCCCGAUAUCAUUUUCCAAGGACCAUGUCCAAGUUGCAGGCCUGAAAAAGUUGAUCCGUUCAUUGGGGUGUUUAGUUUUGAGACCGAAGAUUGA